AUGGAGAUUACAGGCAGACAUUCGAUUGGCGGACCUUCUACAAAACUUGGUUUUGACAAAUCAAAGGUCACGUGCUUCAGAUGUAAACAAAAAGGACAUUUCAAACGAGAAUGUCGAAACGCACCCGCUGAUGAUACUGCAACUCCAUUUCGUGAAAAUUACUACAAAAGAGCAAUCUAUCAUCAGAACAAAUCAGAACCGCCCAGAAUGAAGCAGCUUGAAGAUACCCCCAAAGAAAAAUCCAGAGCUCUUGCUGUUAUUCAUGAUGACGAAGGUUUUGAUUGGAGUGAACUGCCACCAGAAGAGGAUGCAGUGGGCUAUGCGUUUGUCUCAAAGCUAGUUCCUUUCAAAGACAACAGAAAUGAAGAAGAAAAAUAUGUCAACAGAAAGAUGCAAGCUCAAUUCAGGAUGACCAGAAUCUACAAUACAUUCAAAGAAGCUAAAAGAGCGAAGAGAUGGGAUGCUGAUAGAGAAUGUUAUCUUGAUCCCAACGGAAACAUUGCUGUUGAUCCAGAUUCAAUUAGUAUUGAAACUGUUAUCCAAGAAAUUGCUGAUUACGAAGAAGGAAAUCAAAGAAUGUGGUGGGGAGGAGGAGAAGCUGAUGAAAAAGAAAAAGAAAAAACAGAAGAAAAAGAAAAAGUGAAAGAGCCGCAGUUAAAGAAAGUUGAUGACGGGAUUAUUGAUACGACACAAGAGUUUACUGCUGAAAACUUGAAGAAGAUGGCUGAAAAAGUUUGUAGUACACUUGUUUACUUCAACGGUGAAAAGACCGGAGAACUGACAAAAAGAGUCAGAGACGUUGAAGAUCGAAUUUUAAACCGUGAUAAAAUGUUAAAAGCUUCAAAUGAACGAUUAAAAGAUUUAACUGAGAAAAUCGAAAAAGAUAAAAAUGACGUAGAAAGAAUUAGGAAAGAAAAUGAAAAACUAAUUCAUGAAAAUUGUCAACUCACAGAAAAUUUUGAGAAGCUAAAACGAAUAGUUAAAGAUUCUGAUGAGAGAAAUGGUAAGACAAGCAAAGAAAAUAUGCAACUAUCAGGAGUUCUUAGAGUGAAAAAAGAGUUAAUCAACCAACAACGGGAUGAAAUUGCUAAGUGGAAGCUUCAGUUUCAAGAAGCUAAAAUUGAAAAUGAACGCAUCCAGUUGAAAUUGAACAGGUACAACUCCGCAAGUUUUGUUCUUCAACAUAUCGUCCCUAAACCAAUUGGGAAGAACAAAGCAGGCGAAGAUUUGGUUGAAAUCGAUGUGUCUGAAAUUGAAGGUUUGAAAAAUUCUAAGAGACAAUUGAAUUUUGAAAAAGAUAAAUCUUACUAUAAAAAACCUGUUGUACCACCGCAUUUUUCUAACAACAAUCAAAACAGAUGGUCGGGUGGUUAUCAGGGUGCUAAGAAUUAUCAAUGA